CUUCCCCCUACAGUCUGUUGCAGGCUACACGGGGGACCUUUGUCUUUGUGUGCCACUAUACCGGCACUAUAUGCGGCGCAUUGCAACCGCGGGUGAAGCGUUGCCUUUACGCGGAAAUUUAGAACUUAGAAAAAAAAAUAAGAUCCUUUAAACCUUGUGGGGGGAAAUGUACAAAAGAAUCGGUGGCGAGGGGAGACGAUGAGGAGGAGGCUUUUGGAUAAUCCAAGUGUCGAUGUCAAAGCGUGGUAUUUUAUUGCUUUAAAGGUUUAUUAAUUGCUCUAUUUACAACGUAAAAUUGCAUGUGCGUUACACGGCGUGCGACACUGAGGCGCGGCACUUAUUGUAAUUGACAGUAAACAUAUCUAAAGCUGAACAAUACGCACGACAUUGACGGUAGGGUUAACAUUGCACGGUGCGAAACGCUUAAAACUAUUGCGGUGCAUACGCUGCACAACCGUAACAGCGCGAGCACGAAUAGUAUUGCAGUGUUGUUAUGGCGUGGUAACACAAUCCUAACUUCUUAAACACGACCGUGAUUCAGUUAUAACGGCAAAAAAACAAAAAUCUCGCAAGAAAAGCAGGCCUCGGACACCGAGGACGAUAGGCCGCAGCCCUUGCGCCUUUCCUGCUCAGCCUGCCGGCUUGGUUGCGCCCAACCCGGCCGCGUCAUGAGGCUGCAGGGGGGUCGCCUGCUGCUGCGGGCAGUGGGGACCUUGGGGACGCGGGGUUCCCUGAGACCACAGGGGUCUCGCUGCUGGGGUCGGCGUCUCUCGAUCCCCGCCGCCGCAGCAGCCUCGUCCAGGUUGUACAGCUCGGCGAGCUGGGCAGAGGCGGCCUUCCGGGACCCCAGGCUGCAGAGGUACCUGAAGAAGAUAGUGACCGAGCCUAGGGAGACGGGGGAUGAUGAGGUGGUGAUGGAGGGGAAGGAGGUUAAGGAGGUUGUGAUGAGCCCCGGGAAGAAAGCGACCGUGGCUGCCUACGUGAAGCAUCUGCAGGCGAAGCGGGAAGAGAUGCGGCACCUCGACUCCUUGCUACACGAUUGCGAUGAAGAGAUGAGAAAACUAGCUGAGGAAGAAAAUGAAAACUGUAAAGCAAAAAUUCACGAGUUGCAGGAAAAGGUGCUGGCCUUGCUGCUGCCGGGGGAGGAGGAGGACGAGGGGGAGCUGCUGCUGGAGGUGUACGCGGGCGUGGGCGGCCAGGAGGCAAUGCUCUUCACGGCGGAGGUGUUCGAAAUGUACGAGAACUACGCGCUGCAUCAGAACUGGUGCUUCGAAAGGCUGCAGUACCAAUGGAGCGAGAUGGGGGGCCUGCGACACGCGACGGCGUGCAUCACGGGCGAGGGCGCGUACCGCCUGCUGUGCUUCGAGGGCGGAGUCCACCGCGUGCAGCGAAUCCCGCGCACCGAGUCGAAGGGGCGCGUGCACACCAGCACCAUCACCGUCGCCGUGCUGCGCCAGCCCUCCGAGAUUGAGCUGAACAUCAGCCCGAAGGAGCUCCGCAUUGAGACGAAGCGGGCGAGCGGGGCAGGGGGCCAGAGUGUCAACACCACGGACAGCUCCGUGCGCAUCACUCACCUCCCCACAGGCGUGGUGUCCGAGUGCCAGAAGGAACGCUCGCAGAUCCAGAACCUCAAGCAGGCGAUGACGAUCCUCCGAGCCAAGCUCUACGACUUGCAGCUUGAAGAGCGGCUGAGCAAGCAGCAGACGGCGCGCAAACUUCAGGUUGGAUCCCGAGGCCGCUCGGAGAAGAUCCGGACGUACAACUUCAUGCAGGACCGCAUCACGGACCACCGCAUUGGCCGCACUGUGCAUGGCGUUGCCGCCUUCCUGGAGGGCGGGGAGGCCCUGCACCACAUGGUGGCCGCCCUGCAGGAGGUCGCACGUUCAGAGGCGCUCGCCGAGCUGCUCGGCUCGUACGACGAAGGGGCCACUUGACCCACGACCAAGCUUCUCAUCGGUUGCCGGACAAGCCAGUGCCCAGGAUAGAUGCUGCGUUAUCGUGAACUCACCCAACCCAGUCUCCUCUUGAGACCUCUACCUGAACCCGAAGUGUAUGGUGUUUCAGGGAUGUGCUCCUGUCAGCAGCACACCCAACUUAACCCUAAACAGUCCACCUGGGACCACCUCUCCGAACGAACCGGUAGCGUCUCAGCGAUGCGUUGACUCAAGCGAAUCGGUAACGUGUGUGCGUGCAAGUAUGUUUACCGGUAAGCCAGUGGAGUUGUACUUGUCAAGUUCACACCUGACCUCUACCCAGCCUUCACCAUUUGCCGACUCCCUUUGGCCCUGGACACCGAUUGUGACCGAACGCCUAUUCUUGAGCAUCUCUGGAUAUCACCAGGACAUCUCCAGCACGAUCCUAAUUCUGGCCCAUCACUGGCCGAGCACACAGUGCCUCAACGACUCGUCAAUUUAAGGAAAUCGGUAUCGUGUGCGCCGUGGUUGAAGUCGGCAAAGUUAUUUUCGAAGCGUUGCCUGCCUCCUGGGUGUUUUUACAUGACCAUGUUUUCUCUUCCCUUGCGAGUUCCAUAGUGGCUUUUGGCAAAAGCCAUUGGCACGUGUCCGAGUGUAAAAGACAAGGCUGGGCUGCCGGCAACGGUGGCUGCUUCGACAACUUUUAUUUUCUUUUGUAAAAAUUUGCAAAAAAAAAGGUUAAAACAAUAAAAUACAGAGACGGAUCUGCUGUCGAGUAGUGCCUUCCGACAGCGUCAAACUGUGUCGAAGCGUGGAGUUGGAACUUUUGUAAAGCACGUUUUCAAUUACAAAAUGAACAAAGGGUGGAACUUUUUUGCCCUGCUAUUAAAAAACUCUGCUUGGGUGUUA